AUGUGUGAGGUCUACUCUGGUGCCACCCUCACUCUUAGUGCCGACGGGAGCAACUCUGCAACCCAGGGUCUCUUCCAAACCGACCAAACCCUCUCGAAGCUUGAGUAUCGUACCUACACCAACCCCGACGGAGAUGUCACUCCGAUGGUGCUCAUCAAGCCGCAACCUCACCCAACGGUGUCGGGUCGCGCGUUGGAUUUGAGCCAGCCCAUUGAUUCAAGAGGGUGGACGAUGCAGGAAAGACUGAUGAGCCGACGCGUGCUGCAUUUCACGAGUGACGAGAUGGCAUGGGAGUGCGAUACCCUCACGGAGUGUGAGUGCCGUCAGGAAUCUGGCCCAUCCAACCGGGAACUGUCCUUGGGCCGUAAACACGACAUGCAAAGCAUUUACGAUACUUGGCGUCUGAUUGUCCGGGCAUACGCAAAGCGAUCGUUGGCGCACGAGUCGGAUAAAAUGCCAGCUCUUCGAGGUCUCGUGGAUAGAUUCCACCGUUUGAUGGCUCAAGCUUCAGACGCUGAUCCGGACGAGUACCUCGCCGGACUCUGGAGAGGAGACUUGGUGGCUCAGCUGGCGUGGAAGCCCCCAUCACCAUCAGAUCUGGAAGCUUUCAUGAAAUCUACUAAUCGAAGAAACGUUGACAACAUAGGAGAUACAAGCACGGAAGACAUGGAGGCCUGGAUGGCCGUGCUGAAGGAGCGCAACAGGCAAGGAGACUGGCAUGAGUCCGGGGGAUAUGUCGCUCCGACUUGGAGUUGGGCACACUUGAGAGGACCGAUUUCCUACCUCACCUGUCUUCCGAGCACACCAUUCGUAUCUUAUGCCAACGUCAUCGAAGCUCAAACGGUGCCUGCCAUCCCAGACGAACCGACUGGUCAACUGUUGUCUGGAUCUAUCACCUUACAUGGUCACAUGGUGGGCGGACUAGACUUCGACUCUGCGCAAGGCAUAUACGAAGAUGGAACGGUCCAGGAUAUCUGCUUUUUAUCUUUAGAGAAGCAUGGCUAUCGCUGGUCUAUCGAGUUUGAGCCUGACGACGUUGCCGGACUGACUAGGAGGCGCGGAUGCAAUUUGACUGACGUCGUGGUGUUUCUUCUUGGAACAAAGGACUUCAAACUGGAUGAUGGAGAGGAAGGUGUUGUCAUUGGCGUGAGCAAGCCCACGGAAAUAUCCAGACGCAAGCAAGAAGCCGAGGUAGACAUGUUGGAAGCCGGGGUUCAAGCUUUGAAUAUCGCGAGGUCAAUUCCUAAUGAGCUCUCCGAUGUGUUCUGCCAAGAUCUAGACUUUGCAAGGUGGUCCUCGUAUCUAGUCUUGGUUGAGUCGCUGGAGGGAAAGGGCAAAUAUGAGCGGGUUGCGUGUUUUGAUGUAUGGGGCCGGAAAGACAAAGAAGUUCUUGAGUCACUCUUCGCUGAUUCAACGAUGGGUCAAAUAACAAUCGUCUGA